GGGUGUAGUAUAUCCCACUGGCCUCCUAACUUAUGAGUGGUCACAUUAAAAGGCCAGGAGCCUAGGAUGGCUAUGAUUAUCCCAUUUCUUAAAGAGAAAUCAAAACCCAAUGGCGACGGGUUUAAGCCUGAUAAGUGAUAACAGUCCCAUAUGAUAUUUUUCAUAUGAUAUUGGACAAAUGCUGCAGUCCAACACUACCUUCCGACAGCAAGGUUAACUGGCUAUUUGAAAUUGACUGCAGCAGGUACACCAAAGGAUGGGAGAAGCCAGUAUUCGACCUGUCUAACAAAGAAGGAAUUGAGAAUUUCAAUAACUUCCGUUUGGUGUCCGGAGAGUAUAGAAGAGCUUCGGAAUCCAGGUUUUUCAAAAAGGUGUUUCUGCGCGACAGAGGGAGCCUCAAUCUAGUAGAUCAAGCGGUAUCGACGCGCUUGACCAACUUCAGUGACUCGCUAUGCUCCAUCGUUCAGGAACUCCAUAUAGGCCCUUUCGAUGGUGAUCUUCCGGACUACUUGGAACCUGAGGUUCUCAUGCAAAUACUUGGCAACUUGAAAGAUUUGCGUUGUUUUGGUUGGUAUACAUCAUCGAUGGUUCCUGUGUCAGUCCUGCGCAUGCUGGAGAAGCACCAUCCGGCAGCGGGCAGCCCGUCUUAGCGUCAGGAAUCGAGCACGCAAAGGGCGAAAGCUUGACCGGCAACUACUGGGCUCGUCCAGCCUCCACACCCUAUCGUUGAAUUUGCUUGCUGAUCGUCUCUCGGGAGACAGAGAAGUGUUCUCUGAAUUCGGACCAUUCAAAAAGCUUGUUGUUGGUAGCAGAUCACUACGAGUGCUCCGAAUUGAUAUCGAGCAAGGCAUCCCCGCUCCUGGGACAGGCUCAUACGAACAGAUACAACUCCCCUUAA